AUGAAACUCAUGAAGAAUCUCAAGGCCAGUGGCUUGAUCCAGGAAGUACAAUCAGCCUAUGUAGUCAACCGCCUGAGGAGGGGGCCGGUGAAAGACAUCAUAGAGUCGCUCUUUCACGUCUAG